AUUACUUGAUCACUGAUACGUGCGAGAUGUCGGGCAUCAAAUAGUGAGAAACAAUCUUUAUCAGUGAACGAGAGCGACGUGUCACUUAUUAUCGGGCUCAAGGAACGAAGCGGCGGUGCACUAUGUACCUUUAAACCAUUGGUGUAUGGUCAUCAAGCCGGUGCCAGCUUACUGAUUAUCUCUGGCGCAUCCACUCCAUCUGCUGCUGCCGUCUAUGUACGGCGUAAAUCAAUCCGAAAUUAAUUUUUCAUCAUGAUUCAAGGCUACGGCUCGGUCACUCAAGCCCUACUGGGGACGCUUUUAACAUGGGGGUUAACGGCCCUUGGAUCGGGGCUGGUGGUAUUGCUGAGAGGUAAUCAACGGAAAUCGUUGGAUAUAUCUCUUGGCUUCGCAGCCGGCGUCAUGAUUGCAGCCUCGUUUUGGUCCUUACUUGCACCAGCGAUUGAAUUGGCCGAAAAUUCGCACAUGUAUGGCAGUAAAGGCGAGUUUGCUUUUAUACCCGUUGCGGUAGGAUUUCUGUUUGGCGCUAUUUUUGUAUACGGUACCGACAAAGUCAUCUCUUACUUGGGCAUUAACAGCCCAACGAUGAUGAUUGCUCUUACCAAUGCCAACAAAGACAAGGCGGAUAUUGCCAUGGAUGAUCAAGUCUCUGCUGAGCAUGGCAAAAGCUCAUACGCUGGAAUGGCACCAAAUCCUGCAGAUCAUUCGUUAGCAAUCGGAAUGGACAGCUUUGCCGACUGCCUUAAUGCACAGCACGGUAGCGUGUCUCGGAAGCGAAGGAAGGGUAGCGCUACGACAUCGGUCAAGGAACAGGCUGUGUAUACAAACAACAGCCAAAGUCAGUUGGACGCACAGUUGUCGCAGUGGAAACGAAUUAUGCUGUUGGUGGUAGCGAUCACUGUGCACAACAUACCAGAAGGUUUAGCCGUAGGCGUUAGUUUUGGUGCAAUUGGAACGACCGAGUCGGCCACGUUUGAAGCAGCUCGCAAUCUGGCGAUUGGCAUUGGUAUACAGAAUUUCCCAGAGGGCUUGGCAGUGAGUUUACCGCUACAUGCUGCUGGGUUUAGUUUGGGGAAAAGCUUUUGGUACGGGCAGCUUUCGGGCAUGGUGGAACCUAUAUUUGGAGUGCUCGGGGCAGUUGCUGUCAGUGUCGCCACCAUCAUACUGCCAUAUGCCUUAUCGUUUGCCGCUGGCGCCAUGAUUUACAUAGUAGCCGACGAUAUUCUACCGGAAGCACAUGCCAGUGACAAUGGACUAAUAGCAACGUGGGGUACGAUCGCAGGCUUCGUAGUAAUGAUGUGUCUAGAUGUGGGGCUCGGAUAGGAUGGAUCUGAUGGAGAAGUAGUCUGAGUUUUAUGGGAAUGACUGCGUUCUGGAUGACGGAACGCUGCAUCUGGAUUGAACGAGCCAGUGUCUACUAAAUGGUACUUGAUUCUAAGUAUUAUAAUGAAUUGUGAAUUAUAAUUUUUUGUUACAAUCACUUACUUGAUUAUGGAUCAGUGUAUAGAUUUUAAUUUAAUUUUUAUCGGCACACUACAAAUCAGAAACAUAGUGCUUAAAUAAACAUCUAAUUAAUGCUGAUAGUAGCGGUAUAAUUUUAAA